CUUUACCAACAUGGCUGCUUCAUUGAUAUGUCGCGAAACACAAUGCAGGGUGAGUUCAGUUUUAAACAGAGACGUAAAGCAGUAUGGAAAGAAGUACAUGUUUGACAGCAAUGAAGAGACGUGCUGGAAUUCAGACCAGGGUGAAAGCCAGUGGUUGAUAUUGGAGUUCCCCCAGCCCAUUAGGGUUUCUGAGUUAAAAUUUCAGUUCCAGGGAGGCUUCUCAGCCAAAACAUGCAGGCUGGAAGGUUGUUUAAAAGGUGGAGAUUUUACUGUGAUCAGUCAUUUUUAUCCAGAGGACAACAACUCUCUUCAGUGCUUUCCCAUACAGGACGCCGCUGCUGUGGACAGAGUAAAAAUACUGUUGGAGAACAGUGCCGACUUUUUUGGGAGAAUUAUUAUUUAUUCUUUGGACAUCCUGGGGGAGAAAGCCACAUGACCAUAUUUUAUCCUCUCACGACAGAGACGGAAAGGAAAUGCACUUUUUGUGAAAUGUAAAGGACGCGGGAUGUCUGACUCCACCACCUCAUAAAUGCAAUUGAGUCAAAAUAGAGUUGACUACUUGGCUGCAACCAGCAGAGACGUCGUUGAUAGUCGCAAAAAGUAUCUUGGAGGAUAAUCAUCAUUCCAGCACAUACCACCAUAUAAAAAUACAUUUAUUAGAACCUGUUUACAGUCGUUUUAUGGCUGGUCUACAGCUAAACUCAAUAAUCCUGCUGCACAAUUGCCAAGUAUUGAUCAUUUUUGUUAUGCUGCCAAUAAACAAUUUGUACAUUUGCUACCAUCUUGCCACCUGCUAUACCGACAAUCUCCAUUUCUUUUAGCGCCAUGCUGGCUUGUAGAGUCUCAGGAUGUGGUCCUCUAACACCUUCUGAACUAGGACACACAAAAAGAAAUAGCAUAAGAGCAAAGCAGAAUUAAGGAGGUCUUGAUGAUGACAAAGAUAAAUACUCUUUUUGUGUCCAAGAGCAACUGCCAAAGCCAUCGCACUGUAGCCAGAAUCAGACUCUGUGGUCAUGUCUGCUCCUUUGGCUGUAAAAACAAACAAAAUGAGCAUUUUAAUGAGAAAGUCUGAGGCUUGGCAAUGGUGUAACAUGGACUUUGGUGUACCUAAAAGUGCCUCAACACAUUUAACAUGGUUUCCUCGAACAGCAUACAGAAGAGGAGUGCCUCCGUUCUGGGAACAAAACAUCAGUUAACAAGCAAUCUACUUGAGUAUCCCCAAUUUAAGAUAUGUAGGAUUAUAAGUAAUUAAAAAAGUCUGAUUGAUGGAUAUAUUGUGAUGAAAGGCUUUUUAAAAAAUCUGGAUUUUGUGUAUUUUUACCCAUCAGAUGAGAAAAUCUGCCAAAAAUAGGGGUGCAACGGUAAAACAAUUUCCUUCUUUGCGGUUUGUAGCAAUAUGCUGCAAUCGUAACGAUAGUGCAUUUUAUGCUUCUGUGCCUCCAAUACAUGACUGGUAGUAAAGAACAUUAGGAAUCUACAGUUACAUGUAUUUUGAGUCUCCUAGCAAGUCUUUUUUUUUUUUUUUUUUGCUACUGCAUUUUUUUUCUCUUCUACAUUUUUUACUCUGUCUCUACAAGUCAAAUGUUAUUCUGUCUCUUGUCUGAAAUAGUCACCAUCCUUCACCUUGCAUUGAGAUAUUCUAUGUCACCUAAUUCUCAUGAAUUUUAAGUCUUUCUGUCCUGCGGUCAGAUACUAGUUAGGUACUUCUUAAAAACUCACUCAUAUCAAAGAAGUGCUAUCAAUACGACGUGCAGUAUUUGUAUCUAAGGCAUGUACCCCAAACAGCUACUGACUAGUUGCUAACAACCGUGUACCCAAUCAUAUGCGUUGACAUCAACUCCACGUCUGAGUAGAGAAUCGAUUAUAUCCACAUAACCUCCAGAGCUGGCCAGCGUCAGCGCACUUUCUCUGUUCCUCGCAACAAUUCUGGGGUCCGCUCCCUAACAUACAAAGAAUGAAUGAUUGUCUUGAUAAAACACUCCCUAAAGACUCUUUCUUUAACAAUACAGGCUUCCCUCUGACCUUUUGCAAGAGAAAGUCCACCACUGCUUUCUCUCCAAACGCUGCUGCCCACAUAAGAGGAGUAAAGCCACGUUCGUCCUGUAUGCUCAGCAGUGAGCUAUCUGUAGAAAGUGCAUCAUUUCAUACAAUGAAACAAUAUUGUUUGUGGUUUCAUGGGUAUCCAUAUUAUUCCUUACUUUUAUUUAAUUGUGCCGCCACUUGUGACACCUCCCCCUGAGCAGCAAGCUGAUGUAUUGACAGAGCUUGCAAUUGGAAAGAAAGCUACACUUAAUACAGUCAAGGUGUUUAUACAGUACUGCGGUACUCACCGUCUAAUGACGCUGGGCGUGCUGUAAAUUCAUUCCCACGCUGCCUGUUGGUGAGAGUGGCUGAACGGUUAAACAAACCCUCUUUGUCCACAUCCUCUGGAGAAACAAGAAACACAGACAGAGAUGUGACAGUAUGUUUACUAUUGUGGCUGUACUUCUCAGUACUGUGCAUCAUUCUGAGAGGUGUUUAAUAUAAUUUGGUUACCUCAUUUGUCUAUGUAUUAUUCUUUAGCUUAAUUAGUUUUGAGGAAGCAGUAACACCUCUCUACGUGACGCAGUGCAGGUCUACAUCAAUGGAACGUACACAUUGUUCAAUUAAUACAAGAAAAACGAACAUGAAAGUCUUUGUAUUGCAGCUGUACCUAUAAUUUGUGGCGUGUGAGUGUAUAUCACCCAUAAUGAUAUGAAUUUAACAUAGGGAUCGUUUACAAAGCCGCGUUCAUACUGUUUAUUGAGUCGUACACCAUUCGGAUCCUCACCUAUGGACUCAGAGGCACUUGAAUGAAUAUUUUGGCUCUGCUCUCCUCCAGCAUCCAUGAUUACUGCAAUAUAAAGGGUUAAGUAAAUAUAAAGUAUAUGCUAUUGUCUACGAGCAAAGAAAAGUGGUUAAAUAUAUUUUAAAGGCUAUUCGAGACGUUGCCUACUCACCAGAUCCAGCUUUGCUGCCUAAUUUGCGCCAACUUCCUUGUGGCAAAACUGAAAGUAGAUUAUUUCACACAUCGCGAUGGUCAGCGAGGGUGCUAAAAAGCAUUUCUGUCAUCAAAUAUCGGCUUCAAUAAAUGUUAAUCAUCGAAAGAGAUCAAACUAAAUCACUUAAGAAUUCAAUAACUCCCUUGUUCUUCACUUGAAAUGCAUUUGGAAGGCGGAACUGUAGUUGUUGGGUAUAUACUUUUCCUCUCCGGAGCAAUUUAUUGGUGCAUACGACAACACAAACACGGAAGUAGCUGAUAUGACACGGCUAAAGUCGCGUUAAAGCCACAAUUAUUUAUUUGUGGAUGUAAUUUUCAGCUUUCAUCAUGGAAGACCAAGAGAUGCAUCUCAAAGUCAGACGAGACUGCAGGAGCACGUCAGGAGGUCACUGCCUGAGCUGGUGCAACAUAAGACUGACAUGCAGAGCUGGGAGGAGCAGAGUCAAGGAGCAAUCUACACAGUGGAAUAUGCAUGCAGUGCGGUGAGAAGCAUGGCGAACAGCAGCGUGUAUUUCAAAAACAUCGACAACCUCCUCCGGCAAGCAAUCAGCAUGAGGGAGCAGAUUAGCACCUCUCAGGGACGCAG